AUGCAUCUCAUCAAACAAGCCGCACUUUGGGACAAAUUCCUUGAGGAAAACCCGCAAAUAGAGUUUGUCUGGGUCCAGUACCACUCUUUCAGAGCAACCUUUCUCGUCCAAGUCCUGCCUGUCGCAGGUUUUACAAAAUUGGUCUAUGAAGAUCAGCCAGUCGCACUAACCAGGACCGCUCUAUUUCUCCUGCCAUUUGCUCAUAGACCAGCGGGCAGUAAACCUGGCGGAGUUUGCUACCUUCGACCUGAUGUGUCGACUGCUUACUGCCACGUCGCUCCCAAUGCCCACCGUGCGGUAAUAAACGCAUCCUCUUUUGACGAAAAUGGACGCCCAAUGGAAGAGUGCCCACGCUCACACUUAGGAAUUUUAUCAGAUCUAGUGAAGGAAGAGACUAGUUUUUACCCUCUUGUUGGGUUUGAGGUGGAAGUCAUGUAUAUGCGGCGAAUACGACAGAAUGGCAAAUUGGUGAACUAUGAAAUCAUGGAUGAGCCCCAUUCACUUUACAGUAUGACGAACGAUGACUGGAAUCAACUGCCGAUGAUCGAGGCUACAGCCCGAGCAAUGUUAAAAGCAGGAAUUGCGAUAGACAAAUUCCACUCAGAACAUGCUCCCGGCCAAUGGGAAUUUGUCUUACCACCCGGAGCCCCUGUUGAUGCAGUUGAUAUGCUUCUCAAAGCACGCAGUAUCAUUUAUGAGGUGGCUGAACAAUACGAUCUAAAGGCAACCAUGUGUCCUAGGCCAUCCUGCCAGCAUCCCGGUAAUGGGAUGCAUGUCCACUUGUCGAUGAAUGCAGUUUUUGGUCGAGAUGUGAAAGACAGCGAAGCUUUCUUUGCCGGCAUUUUAGAGCACUUGCCUGCGGUAAUGGCCUUUAGCUUCUCUCAAGAGGCAAGCUACAGUCGUGUUGCGAGCGGGGUGAUGAGUGGUGGAGAAUACGUCUGCUGGGGCUGGGAAAACAAAGAUGCACCUUUGCGCCGUGUCGCGAUCAAUCGAUUUGAAAUAAAGUCGCUGGACGCUUUGGCAAACCCAUAUCUCGCGCUCUGUGGAAUCUUGGCAGCCGGAAUAGAUGGGAUGAGGAAGAAUCUUCAUCUUACAGCAAAAUCAUCUUUUUCCGCCGCGAAACUGUCGCACUCGGAAAGAGAAGAACUUGGAAUCAAAGUCAUGCUGCCUAAGUCGCUUUCUGAAAGCCUUGGUGCCCUUGAAGCCGACCGCACCCUCUGUGAUCUUGUUGGAGAUGCAAUCGUGAAUUUUUACGUUCCUUUCAAGCGGGGAGAAUUGGAGAUGUUUCAAAAAAUGACAGAUGAAGAAAAACACAAGUACCUUAUCGGUACAUAUUAG